AUGGCGGCGCGUAUGAGCGAGAUCGGCAUGUCGGCCGUACGGGCCAGCGAAAUUGGCAUGCGUCACAGCGCUGCGAAUCUGCAGAUGAUGGUCGGGACGGUGGCCAACAAGGCGCACGGUAUCGCCACGAUUAUCUCGCGUAGCUCCGGCCGCGGCCGCAAGGCACGAACCACGAAAACUGUCCCCACCUCCAAAGCAGAGGAUGAUCUCUCGCCCAUGUCAAAACUCGGCGAGGUGUCGGAACCAGAGGCUGAGGAACUGCUGCCUGUAUUCCCUUGGGAGGUCCGCACAGAUGAUGGCCUUACGAAAGAGAACGUCACCGUGAAGAAAAAGAUCCUAGAGCUCGCGAUUUACCGAAGGACAUUUGUGGAGCCUGCAGAUGGGGAGGAGGAAUAUGUAUUCGACUACGCUACAUUGAAGGACGUGGCGAUGGAGUUACUAUUGAGCAACCCCAAUCUGCGCGAGAAACGAGAGACGCUGGUGGAAGCUGUGCCUGUACCUGUUGUCUCCGAAGAACUUUUCUGGCGCAACUUUUUCCUACGCUGCAACGCUGUUCGUGUGGCGGAAGGUAUGCCGUCUUAUUUGCCGGAGGUGACGCAGACGCCUCUGUCUACAGGACCCUUGGCCAGACUUCGACGUGGGCUUUUUGGCAAGAAACCCGUGCUCUCGUCCGCCAGCUCGGGCAAUAAUAGGACGACGCCAAGGGAGGACGACCUGAGUGAUCUGGAGCUAGACGUGGACGGCGAGAUCGAGAAGGAGCUUGUUAAGCGACGCCCGUCCCGUGCAGUGGAGCUGCACCUGCGUCUGGUGCCCCCAGCUCAGGAUAACGACGCUGAAAGCACUGCUGACGAAGAGGAGCAACCAGAAGCCAAGCCGAAAGAACCUGAAGAUACUCCGGAUGCCAGCAGUCCCAAGGAACCGGAAGAACACGCCCCAACUCUCGUGUAG